AUGUCUGAAGGGUCAUCUUCAGAAUCCGAGACUAGUGCAUGUAGCUCAAAAUAUAAUCCUAUAAAAGUGCUCUAUUCGUCAAAUCUCAAGGUACCAGUAGAAAAUGCUCCCGUGUAUGAAAAUGUUCAGCAAUUCGAAGCGGCUUUGCAAAAUCAUGAACAAAUUCUUCCAAUAGGUCAAGGAGACCUUGUCAAAUCGAGAGAGGAAGAAAAACGGAGAAAAAAAUUGGAGGAAGAAAGGCUACUAGAAGAAAAGAAUAAACAGCGCUUCGCUAAAUAUGAAGCGUUGCUGCCUAAAAGAAAAGAAAAGAAAGCUAAGAAUGUGCUCACGCGCAUAGAAGCUAGUCAAGGGCCUCUAGGAGCGCUGAAGGACUGCGUGGAAAAACGGUUGAGAGUCAUGAUAAUAACGAGAAACUCAAACUCUAUACGAGGUUCUCUGUAUGCAACUGUAGUGGCCUUCGACAAGCAAUGGAACCUGGCGUUGAGUGAUGUCCUGGAGAUAUGGAAGAGAAAAGGACCAAGGAAGAGGAAAGUGCCUCCGGGGCUUGGUUCACCAGUGCCUAAAGGAACUGCCGCUGCCAUUUCUCCAGUACCAGAGGUGAUCGAAGCGCCUGUUGGCAAGGGUAUUUGGGAGUGCAGGAGGCAUAUUCCUCAGCUAAUGGUGCGUGGGGAGCAUAUAGUCUUAAUCAAUAUCACAGAGAGAUAA